CAUUCACAAUCAACAUUUCCUGCUCUAUUCAUGAUGCCCAAACCUUGAAUGAUUCCAGAUAUUACCUACUCUCAUCGUCGUGGCGUGGAUCGAUAUCGGAAGCUUGAGAAUCGAUUCGAAGAAAAUGCGAGGAAAGGCGUUUUCCGGGAAAACAAUCAUGGUAUUAUGUCUUGCUAGCUUUCUUGCGGGAUCCCUGAUUACUAGCCGAACCUGGAGUACUUCUCAUAACAAGUUGGGAGAGUUAGCCCCUGACUAUGAUCACAAACGUAGAUUAGCUGAAGGAAAGGCUGAAGAUAUCAUGGGAGAAGUGUCCAAAACUCACAAGGCUAUCCAGUCCCUUGAGAAAACAAUUUCGAAUUUGGAAAUGGAAUUAACAGCGUCUCGUAUGAGUGUUGGAAUUUCCCAGCAAAAACCACAAUCCUCGAAUCACACAUUGCACAAGGUUUUUGCUGUUAUAGGAAUCAACACAGCCUUCAGCAGCAGGAAACGAAGGGACUCCGUUCGAGCUACAUGGAUGCCUACAGGAGAAAAGCUAAGGAAAUUGGAGAGAGAGAAAGGGAUAGUGAUGAAAUUUGUGAUAGGGCACAGUGCCACAGCCGGUGGGGUACUUGAUAAAGCCCUGGACAAAGAAGAGGCGGAGUACAAGGAUUUUCUGAGGCUUAACCACGUUGAAGAGUACCACCAACUCUCCACCAAGACACGGCUCUAUUUUUCCACCGCAGUUUCCAUUUGGGAUGCUGAUUUCUACGUGAAGGUGGAUGACGAUGUGCAUGUCAACUUGGGUAUGCUAGCCACCACGCUUGCGCAGUACCGAGCAAAGCCCAGGGUUUACAUCGGCUGCAUGAAGUCUGGACCAGUUCUUACGCACAAAGGGGAGAAAUAUCAUGAACCUGAGUAUUGGAAAUUUGGAGAAGAUGGAAACAACUAUUUCAGGCAUGCCACUGGACAAAUUUAUGCCAUUUCCAAGGAUCUCGCUACUUAUAUUUCCAUCAACUCCCCCAUUUUGCAUAGAUUCGCCAAUGAGGACGUGUCCUUGGGAUCAUGGAUGAUUGGGUUAGAAGUUGAACACGUGGACGACCUUUCCAUGUGUUGUGGUACACCUCCAGAUUGUGAAUGGAAGGCACAAGCAGGGAAUAUAUGCGUGGCAUCAUUUGAUUGGUCGUGCAGUGGAGUAUGUGAGUCGGUGGAGAAGAUAAAAUUCGUGCACGAAUCUUGUGGAGAAGGAGAUGGUGCGAUUUGGAAAGCUGAUAUCUAAGCUAAUGGCUUUGCCUUCAUUUUCUUGCUAGUUAGUUUCUACCCAUUUUCUAUCAUUUUAUGUAUUAAAAUUAUUUCA